AUGGAAGAGAUUUUUUGUAACAUAGAAAGUCUAAAGGAGGUGCUUAAAAAGCUUGAUGACAAGAAAAAUGAUGUGCAAAGAUCUGUGGAUGCUGCAAAAAGGAAUGGUGCAACCAUCAAAGAUCAAGUUCAAAGCUGGCUGGAGGAAGUAAGCCAAAUAUUUCGUGAAGCGAAAGAACUUGAAAACAAAGUCAACAAGCAAAGGCGGUGUUUGUAUGGAUUGUGCCCAAGUCUGAAAUCGCUGUAUUCUCUGAGUAGGAAAGCCACGGAGAUUGCUCAGCGUGUACUUGAUCUCAAACUAGACGAAGGACUUUGUAAUAAUGCUGCCAAUCCUGCACCUGUGCAACAGCUAGGGUCAAUAAUCUCUAGUGAAGGUUUUAAGGGUUUUGAAUCCAGAAAAUAUGUCAUGAAUGAUGUGCUUAGUACUUUGAGGAAUGAAAAGACAAGAAUAAUUGGGAUUUGCGGGAUGGGAGGUGUGGGUAAAACCACCAUGGUGAGAGAAAUCAUCAAGAGAUUAGAAGGAACGAGUCUAUUUGAUGAUGUUCUGAUGGCAACUGUCUCCGCAAUUGUAAACAUUGGGACAAUUCAAACUGACAUUGCAGACUCACUGGGUAUGAAAUUUGUAGAGGAAAGUGAAUCCAGAAGAGCACCAAGGCUACAUGAGAGAAUCAAGCAGAGUAAAAAAAUCCUGAUUAUAUUGGAUGAUGUUUGGUUAGAGCUUAAAUUACAGGAUGUAGGAAUCCCUUUCAGUGAUCAUGAAGAGUGCAAAAUUUUGUUGACAUCUCGAAAUGAAGAAGUUUGUAAAGUAAUGAGUUGUAAAGAUGACAUUUUUAGAGUCCAAGCCUUAAAUAAAGAAGAAGCAUGGGAGCUUUUCAGUGCGACUGUAGGUGAAUCCUUGGACAAUAAUCCUGAAUUGUCUCAUGUUGAAAAAUUAAUUGUUGAUGAAUGCAAAGGUUUACCCAUUGCUAUCAUAACUGUUGGUAAAGCUCUUCUACCAAGUAAUGGCAAGCAUGAAUGGAAUACAGCCUUGCAAGAACUGAAAAAUUCCCUCCCUGAAAACAUCCCUGGAAUGGAACCCGAGGUUUAUUCUUGCAUAAAAGUGAGUUAUGAUAAAUUGAAUAGUAAUGAAGUCAAGUCAUGCUUUUUACUUUGUUGCUUAUUUCCAGAAGAUUAUGAUAUACCGAUUGAGUAUUUGGUAAGGUAUGGGUUGGGUCGAGCACCUUUUAGAAACACCAACACAGUCGAAGAUGUAAGAAACAAAGUGCAUUCUUUCGUUGGACAACUAAAAAGAAGGUAUUUGUUGCUGGAUAGUCUCAAGAAAGAGUGUAUCAAAAUGCAUGACAUAGUUCGUGAUGUUGCUAUAUCAAUUGCCUCAAAAGAUCCUCACAGAUUUAUGGUAAGAUCGUUUGAUACAAAAGGUGGAGAUGGAGGAUGGUUAGGAGUACAAAAAGCUACAAACCAAGAACAUUACAGUGCAAUUUCAUUAAUUGAUUUUAAGUUAGAUGAAGAUAAUACAGAUGGUUUGGAGUGCCAAAAACUUGAGCUUCUACAACUGAAAAAUUUCUCCAAUUCAGAAUAUUCCCACCACUUUAAAAGGCUGAAAGAACUCAAGGUUUUAGCUUUCUUGGGGAUGGAUAUGUCAAAGAUCCUCAGCUUUGCUCGCUCUGAAAUCAGUAAGUUGCCUAAAGAAAUCAGAGAUCUUCAACGAUUAAGGAUUCUAGAUGCAACAGAUUGUAAAGGACUUGAAGAAAUUCCUCAUGGUGUCUUAUGCAACUUAGGGAGGUUAGAAGAGUUGUACAUGGCAAAAAGCUUUCUCAAUUGGGAGCCAACAAUAGGAAGCAAGGACGAAAUGAGCAUGGCAAGCCUUGAUGAGGUGACGUCUCUAUCUAUUCAUUUAAAAGUCUUAGCCAUAGAAAUACCUGAUGGUCAGAUAGUGCAGAAUGGGUUUCUCUUAAAGAACGAGCAUAUAAGACUUCAUUUAUCUAUCAAUACUAGUCAGUCACAUGAAGAAGAAGACGACUUAAUGCCUGGUUAUCUAUUUGAAAAGAGUUUGAUGCUUUAUGGUGAUGUAACGGAAUAUAUGGAGUUUGGAACAGUUGGAUACCUUUUGAAGCAAUCUGAAGACUUAAGCCUACACUACACAUGCAAUUUAAAGAGUUUGAUGCUUUUGAAGCAAUCUGAUGAUCAAGUGGGCUUUCAACGCUUGAAAGUUUUAUCAAUCAUGUAUGACAAGGACAUAGAGUAUCUUAUGAAUGGAACAGAUUGGACUCGUCAACAUCUAGACAAGUGCUCCUUUAUGUACCUAAGAUCCAUUGCAAUUCACAGUUGUCAUGAGUUAAAAUAUGUCUUUUCACUAUCCGUAGCACAAAACUUGGUACAUCUCCAAAGCUUAACAGUUCGAAGUUGUACUAAAGUGGAAGAGAUCAUAUCAAAGGAGAGAAUGGAAGAUGAUAAUGCAUCUCACAUGAUAAAAUUGUCAAGAUUAACAACUUUGAAGCUUCAGUAUCUGCACAAGCUCCUUGGUUUCUACACGAGCAACCAACACGACUCUACCUAUGAGAUUAUAAAGCCCAAUGAUGAAAGUGUGAACAAGAUGAAAGAGACUAGGAAUGACGAUCAAGUUGCUGGGUCCACCUCAUCUAAAGCACUAGUGGGAGCAAGUUGUAAUGCACUAUUUCCUUCAAAUUGCAUUUCAUGGUUACCAAAUCUAGAGGAACUAGUGGUGUCGAAAGGCGGGCAAGGGUCAGAAGAAAACAAUGAACCAGUAGUCAAUGUGGUAUUUGAUUUAGAAGGGCAUGACUCAGCAUUUUCUCAAUUACAGACAUUUCGAGUGGGGUAUUUAAAUGAGGUUACGCCGGCAAAUCUUCAGACCUCAAGUGCUAGCGACAAUCUAGAAGAUCUCCAUGUAGAAUGGUGCAAUUUAUUGGAAAUGAUAUUUUUGGUUCAGGAAACCCCUUCUACUCAAGCAUUUGAUAAGCUGAGGGAAUUGAAGUUGCGGUAUUUACCAACGCUGAACCACAUAUGGGAAAAGGGUUUACAAGUUAGCUCAGGCUUUGGAAACCUGAGAUUACUGCGAGUACAGGGCUGUGACAAUUUGAGAUACUUGUUUUCACUGCACAUAGCCAAACUUCUUACCUGCCUUGAGACAAUAGAAGUUUCCGAGUGUAGUGCGAUGGAGAAAAUUGUUGGCGAGGGAGAAGGAGAAGGAGAAAGUAUUAAGGAUGAAUUGACAUUUCCGCACGUGAAGUAUAUCCAACUUGAGUAUUUACCCAAACUUGAAUUUUUCUGCUCUCAAGCUUAUACUUUGAAGUGGUCGUUAGCCUUGAAGAAAGUCAGGGUUCGAAAGUGUCCAAAAUUAAAAGCGUUUGCUCCUGAGUCUCUAUAUGUAUAA